AUGGGAAAGCUUGUUUUGCUGUUCAUUUGCAUCAUGUGUUUCUGUCUCGUAGACGCUGGCGAAAGUACUUUCCGACACUACGCCGUUGACGACCUUCUUUUUGUUCGGUUAGAAAUCAUUAUUUUUUUACUUCUGUCCUACAAAUCGAAAUAUUCUUUAAAAAAAAAUAUUUCGUCGCAAAACUUUGCGGUUGCGGUGGAGUUGAUAGAUUGAAUAUCUAUUGUUCUCCUGUAUUAGGACCCUUUUUUGCGCAAUCGCGUGGUUUUUAUCAAUUCAUAUGGUUUUCUGAACUGUUUAAUACUGAAAAAAUGAAGAAAAACUGAUAAAAUUUGCAUCUGAAAAGAAAUUGGUUCGAAAAUACUUUUUUGAAAACUGUUUUUUGCAGAAGGAACGCGUAUUCAGUGCCAAAGAAACAAACUCCCGAGCCAACAAGUGAUCGUGUUAAGCGUGAUGGUGUUUCAAAAGUUGAAAUUUUCCCAACCACGAAGUUUUUGCAGCUGAUUGUCCAAACGGCGCCCCUCGUGACGUCGUUGCCAUUUUCACAAAUUCUGUGGCCAUAAACAUGGUAUAUUUCUCGACGAAUCAACAUUUCCAUGGAACUUUUGAAAGUCAAAAAAAAGUGUCCAGGAUUUCUGAAUGAGGCUAGAAAUACUAGAUGUAGUUCUUUAGGCUCACUGCAAAUCUUUUUUUGAAAAUUUUGGAAGAUCUCUGCGGCAAAGUUCUUGCUUAAUCAAUACUCACGAAUCCCCUUAAGAGCUGGUAUUAACCAAUAAAGGGUUGUUCUGAAGUUAUUGAAACCAAUCAAAAAAAUUUUGAAAUUCCAAUCAAGUACAUAAAAUUGAGAAAUGGGAUUGCGAUCUUGAAACUAAAGCAACUCAACUCGUGAAACUCUGCACGGUGGACAAUACUGGAGCUGGCAAGGGCUCAUUGAAGUUCAGGUUUGUAUUUUUGGCCUAUCUUCAAAUUUGGGGAAAUUGAAAUAUUCGAUUCAAAUGUUGCAGUUUUGAACUUUCUGCUGAGGGAGAUGCGAAAUCAGCUCUGGUGGGACAACAAAAGGCUCUGCAGUUGGCCGCCAGUAAUUUGAACAGCAAAGAUCAGUCUGGAACUGUAUGUACUAUUUAUUCUUCUUUUUUUAUGCAAACAACUCUCAAAAAAAUUAUCCGUUCCGAGUGAAAUACUCAUUUUUUUCUCAAAUUUCCUAUUUUUUUAAGAGACAUUUAUUUUUUUAGAAGUAUCAGAAAAUUGGAUGCGGAUUUGUAAGCUGCCAAACGCGCCUUGAUGUGCUUUGUCUGUACAGGUAUACCGUCAACUUCUUCGUUCGAACAUUUUUUUUCAAUUUAGCUAA